UAGCUCUUGGCCGGGAGAAUAAAAUAUUCAUGGUGGCACGGUGGGAUUGGCCGCUAAGCAAAGGCCGCGCUGACAGGGUAGAGCAGAGCACCGUGUGUUCAGAAGCGGCUGUCUCCCUCUCUCUCUGUCUCUCUCGCUCUCGCUCGCUCUCUCUCUCUCCCCUUUUCUGUAUAAAGAGAUGAGCGGAGGAAGAGGGAACGGACAAGUGCGACAGCGUCUCAGCUCACCCACAGCUUCCCCAACAGAGAUAGCCAUCAAAGAAGGAACUGGCUGAUGUCCUCGCUGCCUGUGCUUUGCCGAUGUUUUAGUCUAAAUGGAUGAACAGAGCGAAGGGCAGCAUGUGCUUACGGGUCUAGAUGAGGAGGCAUUAGUGGACCAUGGGAAGUCCAGCUUCACCACUCUCACAAGCUAUGAAAGGGAAGAUUUGGAAAGCCACAGAGCGGUGUACGUAGGCGUCCAUGUUCCUCUUGGAAGGGAGAGCAAAAAGAGGCAUCGCCACCGAGGACACAAACAUCACCGAAAGAAGAAAGAGAGAGACUUUGAGGAGGGGAAGGAGGAUGGCCGGGAAUCCCCCACAUAUGACACACCAUCCCAGCGGGUCCAGUUCAUCCUGGGUACAGAGGACGAUGACCUGGAGCACGUCCCCCACGACCUCUUCACUGAGCUGGACGAGCUCUCCUUCAGACAUGGCGGUGCCACUGAAUGGAAGGAGACGGCCAGGUGGUUGAAGUUUGAGGAGGACGUGGAAGACGGCGGGGAGAGGUGGAGUAAGCCCUACGUGGCCACGUUGUCACUACACAGCUUGUUUGAACUGCGUAGCUGCAUACUCAACGGCACCGUCAUGCUGGAUAUGAGGGCCAACAGUAUCGAGGACAUCGCGGACAUGCUGAUAGACAGCAUGGUGGCGUCAGGCCAUCUGAAGGAGGACUUGCGCCACAACGUCCGGGAAGCCAUGCUGAAGAAACACCACCACCAGAACGAGAGAAAACUCAGCAACCGCAUCCCUCUGGUGCGCUCCUUCGCUGACAUAGGCAAGAAACAUUCUGACCCACUCUUGCUUGAAAGAAAUGGAGAGGGCCUGUCCUCUUCACAUCUCUCUCUCCACAAGCCAGAGGCAGCCUCCUCUGUCUCCAACCUCUCCCAGAGACGAGAGUCCAGGAUCUCCGUCCUGCUCAGCCAUCUCCUGCCCUCUUCUUCUUCCUCCAACUCUGGGCACGCCCCAGGCCCUCCGCUCCUCGCCACCCCUGAAAAUACCCCAUCCGCCUUCCGCCGCUCCUCCCAAACCCACGGCACAGGCCAUGGCCCUCAAGGCAUCCCCGAAGUGGUGGUAUCGCCUCCCGAGGACGACGACCCACAAAACUCUGCAGAAGAAGCGGCCUCAUCACCGGAGCUCAGCCGGCGAGCAUCCUCGGCAUCCUCGGCAUCCCAUGGCUUCGAGCUGAUGCCCUUAGAAGGACCACUGGUGUCUCCGAACUCUGUCCCAAACAACCUGGAUGGCAGCAAGGCAGUGGAGAGGAGACCUUCCAAAGUAGGGGUCAGUAGAGAAAGCGGCAGUGUCGACUUCAGCAAGGUGGACAUGAAUUUCAUGAAAAAGAUUCCUCCGGGUGCUGAAGCUUCCAACGUACUGGUGGGAGAAGUGGACUUCCUGGAGAAGCCCAUAAUUGCUUUUGUGCGACUGUCCCCUGCCGUCCUCAUCACAGGCCUCACAGAGGUGCCGGUGCCCACGAGGUUUCUUUUCCUGCUUUUGGGUCCUCAUGGCAAAGGGCCCCAGUACCAUGAGAUUGGCAGAUCCAUGGCCACACUAAUGACGGACGAGAUUUUCCACGAUGUAGCAUACAAGGCCAAAGACCGAACAGAUCUCCUCUCGGGGAUAGAUGAGUUCCUUGAUCAAGUGACUGUCCUGCCUCCUGGAGAAUGGGACCCCACCAUCCGGAUUGAGCCCCCCAAGAAUGUCCCGUCUCAGAUGAAGAGGAAGGUCCCGACCCAGCUAAACGGCACUGCGUCUCCAGCUGGAGAGAUGGAAAAGGUUGAGGACCACGCAGGACCUGAGCUGCAGAGGACCGGGAGGAUAUUUGGAGGUUUGGUCCUGGACGUCAAGCGGAAGUUGCCGUUCUACUGGAGCGACAUCAGAGACUCCUUCAGUCUGCAGUGUCUGGCCUCCGUCCUGUUCCUCUACUGCGCCUGCAUGUCCCCCGUCAUCACAUUUGGGGGUCUGCUCGGGGAGGCAACAAAAGGCAACAUAAGUGCCAUAGAGUCUCUGUUUGGGGCCUCACUGACGGGAGUGGCGUACUCCCUCUUCGCAGGCCAGCCCCUCACUAUUCUUGGCAGCACGGGCCCGGUUUUAGUGUUUGAGAAGAUCCUCUUCAAGUUCUGCGCUGACUACGGACUGUCCUACCUGUCGCUGCGGACCAGCAUUGGUCUGUGGACAGCCUUCAUGUGUCUGGUCCUGGUGGCCACAGAUGCCAGCUCCCUGGUCUGCUACAUCACCCGCUUCACAGAGGAGGCCUUCGCUGCACUCAUCUGCAUCAUCUUCAUCUACGAGGCUCUCGAGAAGCUCUUUCACCUGGGAGAACACUACCCUGUCAACAUGCACAGCAACUUGGACGACCUUACCCUGUAUUCGUGUCAGUGCUCUCCACCGGUCAAUGCCUCGGAGGAGCUCGUGCAGAAGUGGAACAGCACAGGAAACGGCUCGGACUCUAUCCCAUGGAGCAGCCUCAAUGUUUCGAUGUGUAAUACCCUCCAUGGGGAGUUUGUGGGUCCUGCCUGCGGUGAUCGUGGGCCCUACAUCCCAGAUGUUCUCUUCUGGUCCGUCAUCCUCUUCUUCACCACCUUCUGUCUGUGCUCCUUACUUAAGCAGUUCAAGACGGAGAGAUAUUUCCCCACCAUGGUGCGAUCCACCAUCAGCGACUUCGCUGUGUUUAUAACCAUCAUGGUCAUGGUGUUGGUGGACUAUCUAAUGGGGAUCCCUUCUCCUAAACUGAAUGUCCCUGACCGCUUUGAGCCAACUUCAAAGAACCGAGGCUGGCUGAUGGACCCGUUAGGAGAAAAUCCCUGGUGGACGCUGCUGGUGGCUGCGCUUCCUGCCUUGCUCUGCACCAUCCUCAUCUUUAUGGACCAGCAGAUCACUGCAGUCAUCAUCAACCGCAAGGAGCACAAGCUGAAGAAAGGCUGUGGCUAUCACCUCGAUUUGCUGAUAGUGGCGAUAAUGCUGGGUGUGUGCUCCAUCAUGGGCCUGCCAUGGUUCGUGGCUGCAACCGUCCUCUCCAUCUCCCACGUGAACAGCCUGAAGGUGGAGUCCGGCUGCUCCGCCCCGGGAGAGCAGCCCAAGUUUCUGGGCAUCCGGGAGCAGCGCGUCACUGGAUUUAUGAUCUUUGUCCUCAUGGGCUGCUCUGUUUUCAUGACAUCGGUGCUCAAGUUUAUUCCUAUGCCGGUCCUGUAUGGAGUCUUUCUCUACAUGGGUGUCUCUUCCCUCAAAGGCAUUCAAUUCUUUGACAGAAUCAAGCUGUUCGGCAUGCCCGCCAAGCACCAGCCCGACCUGAUCUACCUGCGCUACGUGCCGCUGUGGAAGGUCCACGUCUUCACUCUGGUGCAGCUCACCUGUUUGGUGCUGCUCUGGGUCAUCAAGGCCUCCUCAGCAGCUGUCGUAUUUCCCAUGAUGGUUCUGGCGCUGGUCUUUAUCCGAAAGCUUCUAGACUUUUUCUUCACAAAGAGAGAGCUGAGCUGGCUCGAUGACUUGAUACCAGAAAGCAAGAAGAAGAAAGAGGACGACAAGAAAAAGAAAGCUCGAGAAAGUCUGGGUUCCGCUGCUGUUUUCACUCAGGAAGAAGAGUCCAGUCUGUACAAAGAAGGGGCUCGGGAACCGAAGGUCAACUUAGAAGACUCAGACCUUCUCAACAUCCCGGUGAAAGCACUCUCGGGGAGUUCUGAUACUGACCCCUUGGUUGUAAAUAUCUCUGAAAUGGACAAAACGUCAGCGUGGAAAGCAGUGAACUCGAGUGCAGAGUCAUGUAUCCAACCUGUGAAGCGUAGUGAAAGCCAGGAGAAGAUGGCCUGCGUUAGAGUCGACGUCAGCCCCGAAACACCAGGAAGGAGCUCCACUAACGAGACCUUCCUGUGAUAAACGGAGGCCCUCCUCCCGUCUUGACGCCUCACCACCCAAACCCCCCCCCCCCCGCCACACACGACACCCUACCCCGCUGACAAGCACCAUCUUAAUGGCAUAAGGGGGCAUAGAACUGCAGCGUUCCCAUCUUGGGGGCAGCGGGCGAGCUCCCCCGGGGCUGUGAGUCCUCCUCCACCUGAAGUCUUGUAAGUGUGCAGCGCGUGUACACUAUGGCUGCCGCGAUGCACCGCCGAGCGCUCAUCUCCGAGGAAUGAAGGAAUCCCGCUGUUACUGCCCACCGACACUCACUUGUUUAGGAAGUCUCUCAAACUAGCAAUUUCGUCACGCAUUAAAACCACAGAUGCCAAAGGAAGGGGCCUCACUGAUGAGGAUCGUGGACUGGUUGAAUUGAAUUUCACUUUUAUCCCGCUGUAUAUUCUUGAUUUCUGUUUACUGUUAUUGUUUUGGCUGAUUACCGUACUGUACAUUUUGGGGUCCUUCGAAGCUCAUACACCACGAGUUGCCCUGCGCUGUUUGUUUCCAUGUGUUUUCGGUUGGAUUAAGACCCGUCGCCCAACUACACCAGCUUCAGAUGAAAACCAUUCAGGUACUGUCGGUGCCAGCUGAUUCUUUUUCACAGAUUGUAUGGCACAGUAUAGGAACCAAACCAAAACGGAGGUACAUUCAGAUAGAAACUACUCCACCACACUACUACACACAUCUUUGUAGAAUUUGCUCAUGAAUCAUCUCUGUCUGCCGGGGAACACUCAGUAUUGACGUCGCUGCUCAUAAUUUGGUCGGUUGUUUUCACUGUAAACCUCACUGUUGAUAUUGUAUGUUAUCUUAUAGAAAUAUUCUGUAUUUAUGUAUGUAUGUAUGUAUGUAUGUAUGUAUACUGUGUUCUUUUAAUUUGUAACAUUAUAGGAAACCUACUUCAGAGGCCAUAUGAAGUCUGUACUGUACAGUAAGCACUUUGCCAGUAUAGUUUCUUAUCAAAAAACGGAUUAUAGUGUGUUAAUAUCUGCGUUAAUUGUCUUUAGAGCUGUUGUUCAAAUGUCAGUUAAACAACUCAGGAAUCUUGAAUGAUUUCUGACUGUGGUCACUUGAUAUUUAUUUUUUUUGUCACAAGGCAGUGAGAAUUAACGGUCUACUGUAUUCCUGUCAUCGCUGGUAUCACAACUAUUUUAACAAAUGCUGUAAAUCAUAAAAUAUAAUAAGUUGUUGAAUAAAAAAAACAAACAGAGUAUUUGUGACCCAGCUAGAUGCACCAGUUUUUAUACUGUCUGUAUUACUGUUGGUAAUAGUUUGUAUGUGUGCGUGGCGUAAAGAUAACUUGGUAUGUUUAGCGUUGCAAAUCAUUUUAUGCAAAAUAUUUCUACAGUAAAUGUAAAAAAAACAAAAACCUAUUAUAUUCUAUGAAGUUGUUCUUAUUUUGCUAAGUGCAGUCCUGUUUUAGCAAUAAGUAUUCCAUACCGUGCAAUGUAUGGACUCUAUGAACCUGGCUACUAUUCAGGCAAAGAGUAAAUGUUGAAAUGAUUUGUUUCGUGUCCACUUCAGCGGCUCCGUGUGCGUGUAGCUACAGCGACUCUACUGACAGUCGCUUACGUGCCUUGUCGGAGCGCUUUAUGUUUAAAGUCUCGUACUGAUGAUGCAUGUGUUCAGAACACCCGAUGGCACACAGAUGCCAAAGACGGACCAUCAUAACUUUACACCAGUGAACCAGUCUGUCCUAGUGUUGUUCCACGUCUGUGAGAAAGUCGUUGGCCAGAGCCACCGACUCCAACGAUCUAACUCAAAUUAUCUUCCAUUUGCAAAUGUUACUCCUGAUACCGUUUCCUGGUGUGUGUGUGUGUGUGUGUGUGCGCGCGUGCGUGUGUGUUCUACUGUCGCAGCUCUGGUAUUUGCUCACAUGUGAACGCUCCGUUGUCGAUAUUGAGGUAGUGGUUUCUUUUUUUGGAAUCGAUCAGUGAAUGGCAAAUUAUUUUAUUUUUUCUACCGUCAAAAAUGAAGUCGGUGACAUUUUGCCAAACCUCUAUUUUCAAUAAGAUCUUGCAUUUGAAUUCAGUCACGGGUAUUGCAGAAGUUCUUUCCUUACACCUCAUUGUUUGAGGUAAAAAAAAAAAAGUGUGAGCUGUCGAUCGGUAGAAUCAACACAGCGAAGUGAACAUCCACCAACCAAGUAUUUAUCAUUUCAGAAUGUUUAUUUUGAUGAAGAAUAACCUAUUUCCACAUGACAUCGGUUUAAACGUUGCUGUAUAAACUUAAAGAGGCGGAUCUUCUGUCAACAGCAAAAAUGUGGAGAUUUUACACUCGACCAUCACUUGGUAAAAAUGCAUUAGUUCUGAUGUACAGACGCACAACAUCAGCGAAGCACAUGGCGUCCUGUUCGACUGAAUGAUGCAUCUUCUGUCAUGACCGCUUGGUGCAAAGCAAUAAAAGUGAAUACAUGGUGA